AUGGCUCAAGAAAACCAAUACUAUUCGAACAAGAUCGAAGAAAAGAGUCACGAUUUUCUUCGUCAUCUUUCGUAUUCCAUCAGAGAUUACGAGGGACGACUUCCUAAUCUCCGAGACAUUUUUCGGCCCGAAGCAGUCGAAUGGCUUCUUGCGCAGUCUGCGAUAGAGAGCGAUUACAACUUCGAGGACUUCGACCAUGAAUCCAACACCAUUAUCGACUUUGUAAUAAACACCGGAUACAAAGACGAGCCCAACGUAGAUCAAGAUGGCAAGCUAUUAUUGCGUCGUACUACGCCAAUUCAUCAUGCGUCUAGAAUUAAUGAAAAUUGCAUAAUUCGUGAUCUUUUCAAAAUAUACGAUAGAUGUGAUGUGAAUUACACCGACGAAAAUGGAUUAACGCAUUUUCACGUGGCCUGCAAGUAUGGCUGUGAUGAAAUCGUCGAGAAAUUCCUCGAUCUCGGCCAAGUCGAUCCUAAUCUCCUCGUGCCAGAAACAGGUGACUCGCCGCUACACUUCGCUCUGAAGAAGAAUAGAAACGAGACGGUUGUCGAAUCGUUGCUGAGAAGAGGCGCCGCUCCUAACUUGGCCAACAAAGAUGGAAAGACUCCUAUACACAUUAUUUGCGAGUAUACUUAUGAUGAAGUCACGGCUAAUGUGUUAUUGGGGUGCAGCGAUGACAAACAAAAGAUCCUCGACGCCGGGGACAAAUUGGGUAAUACACCGUUGCAUAUGGCCAUGUACGACAUGGAUGAAUGUUUCAUGGAAUUUCUGCUGAGACAAGGCGCCAAUCCAAACGCGACCAACGACGAGGGAUCGACACCUCUGCACACUGUUUGCAAGCGACGUUUGGAGUUCGUGGACAUCCUGGAGAUAUUCUUCAAGAUCGCCAAAGAAGUCGAUCGGAUGGUAGAGGUCGACGCCAAGGACAAGUUGGGUCGGACACCGCUUCAAUGGGCCGUGGCGUAUUUCUUGCCGGAUGUCGUCGAUGCUCUUUUCGAUGGUGGCGCCGAUCUGUCCAACUUCGUUUUCCCCACCGAGAGCUACAUCGUCGAUGGAUUCGAAUGGUCGGGAGUUGACUUUCACGAUAUCGUGUUUAAACUGAGCGCAGCGCCUCAAGCCAUGGAGGUCGUCGAGCGUCUGCAGAGAAGAGGAUACGAACUGCGGCGAAACGACGCCCUGGCGAUUAUGAAAUUUUUCGAUAAGUGGAGAUUGUUCGAGUCGGCGGAUAUCGACGAAUUUUGGUACGAGAACGAAGAGUUCGCGGCAAAGGCAAAAAAGAUAUUGAUGCUCUCGGGUCGGUCGCUCUACUACGCGAUUCGAUUAGGACCCAAACAAGCGGCGAGAAUACUCACGUACAGUGACUACAUGGACUUGUGGAACCUGAAGGCGAUGUAUCAGCUGCCACAAGGACUCAGAGACAUUUGUGCCAAGCAUCUGAGCGAGAAAGUAUCGAGAGAGUUUUUCCGACGAUGGGCUCUGGAUCCUUUAUUAAAGCUGACAAACUAUCGACUCCCGAUUCUUUGCUGUGACAAGAUCAUGGAUCAACUAAUUAACGAGGAUUUAUUUAAUGUUUGCUUGGCGGCUACGGACCAGAGCUUAUGA